AUGUCUUCCACCGGACAUGUCCUACAGCAAGACAUUGAGAGAAACAUUAGUAAUCUCUAUUCGGACCGAUCUGUAAGUCGAGUCUAUGGUCAAGACUUCAUUAUUAAUAAGAAUUUCAAAGUCAUUAAAGAGUUGGGACAAGGAGCAUAUGGAAUUGUAUGUGCAGCUCAAUAUGAUGAUGGUUCCGAUUCUAAUACAAGUACUGGGAGUCAAGUUGCUAUAAAGAAAGUUACUAAUAUUUUUAGUAAAAAGAUUCUUUGUAAGAGAGCCCUUCGAGAAAUCAAAUUACUUCAAUUCUUUCGAGGUCAUAAGAACAUUACUUGUCUUUAUGAUUUAGAUGUUAUCCCCAAUCCAAUCACUGGUAAAUUUAAUGAAAUAUACUUAUAUGAAGAAUUAAUGGAGUGUGAUAUGCAUCAAAUCAUCAGAUCUGGUCAACCAUUAACUGAUCAACACUAUCAAUCAUUUAUUUAUCAAGUAUUAUGUGGAUUGAAAUAUAUUCAUUCAGCUGAUGUAUUACAUCGAGAUUUAAAACCGAGUAAUUUAUUGGUAAAUGCUGAUUGUGAAUUAAAAAUAUGUGAUUUUGGGUUAGCAAGAGGUUAUUCUGAGAAUCCUGAAAAGAAUGCAGGAUUCUUAACUGAAUAUGUGGCAACAAGAUGGUAUAGAGCUCCUGAAAUCAUGUUAUGUAUGACUAAUUAUACUAAAGCUAUAGAUGUAUGGUCAAUUGGUUGUAUAUUGGCAGAAUUUUUAGGAGGUAAAGCCUUAUUUAGGGGUAAAGAUUAUAUCGAUCAACUAUUAAAGAUUCUUGCUGUAUUGGGAACUCCAGCUGAAGAAAGUUUACAAAAGAUAAGCUCUCAUCGAGCUUUGGAAUAUGUUAGAUCGUUAGAACAUAUGCAAAAAGUGGAUUUUAAAGAAUUAUUCCCUAAUGCAAACCCUCAUGCUAUUGAUUUAUUGGAGAAGAUGUUAACUUUCGAUCCAUUUAAACGGAUUACAGUCGAUGAAGCAUUGAGUCAUUCGUAUCUCAAGAUCUGGCAUGAUCCUCAAGAUGAACCAGUAUGUCAAGUUAAAUUUGAUUUCGCUUCGUUUGAAAAGUUGGAAGAUGAAGAAGAAAUCAAACAGGUGAUGCUUGAAGAAGUUCGGAACUUUCGUGAGUUUGUCCGUAAACCUCUUGAAGAGCAACAACAGAUUCAACUUCAAGUACAGAUUCAACAACGGCAGCUUCAAGAGGCUGAAGCUCAGCAACAACAGGCCCAAGAACAGCAGCAACAACAACAGCAACAGCAACAACAACAGCAACAACAACAUCAGUACGACCACAACAUCCUCAAUAACGUGCCGGUAAACACAAGUCCCCAAUUCAGUGACAGUGACUACAACAUGCCCAAACCUCAGGAACUCGAUGACUUCUCGUAUUCCAACUUAAAUCACAACUCUUACUCUGAGCUGGUGGCUGAUUUCAUGCGAUUAGAGGAAGAGUUGGGAUUUGGGAUGGAUGGGAAUCAGUACCUCUAA